CAAAUUGUAACCGGUUCGGACCGGACCGGGCCCGAUCGGACACACCAAGAGCAACAAAAGAGAGCUAGAGCGAGCAACACAGCGAGCGUGAGAUGUUGAAGCUCAACCCCAUAUUUAGCCCAAAAUAAACAAAAUCUCCAACAAUUUCCAUUUCCAUUUCCAUUUACCAAAUCCUAGAAAAUUUUCUCCCUCUUUCUCCCAUUUUCGUAUGCCAAACCCUAAAAUUUUCCUUCACUUUCCUCCCAUCCAAACACCCACCCAGCCAAAAUCCCACUCUGGUAUUCUGAAUACCAAAAUUUAAAGGAGAGGCAAAAAAAAUAAAAAUAAAAAUUGACAGUUGUCGUCGAUGGCCGAGGAGGAAGGUCUCGAGAGGGGCGAGAUCAAUGGCGGACUAGCAUCCAUGGACUCCAUCGAUUCGCGGUGGGUUUUUCAGGACGAGGACGACUCCGAGGUUGACGAUGAGGAGGCAGAGGACGAUGUGAGGCAUCGGACGGUUGUGGAUUCGGAGGACGAUGAAGACGACGACAAUGCCGAGCAGCGCUUGAUUCGCACUGGCCCUCGCAUCGAUUCCUUUGACGUCGAAGCGCUCGAGGUCCCCGGCGCUCUGCGAAACGAAUAUGAGGAUUUCAGUCUUGGAAGGAAAAUAAUAAUUGCUUUUCAGACACUUGGGGUUGUCUUUGGUGAUGUUGGAACAAGUCCAUUGUAUGCCUUCAGUGUCAUGUUUAAAAAGGCACCUAUUAAUGGAAAUGAGGAUGUUAUUGGAGCGAUGUCACUAGUCCUAUACACCUUAAUCUUGAUCCCCCUGCUUAAGUAUGUGCUGGUUGUUCUUUGGGCUAAUGAUGAUGGUGAAGGUGGUACAUUUGCUUUGUAUUCAUUGAUCUGUCGACAUGCUAAGGUCAGUCUUCUUCCAAACCAGCUUCCGUCUGAUGCCCGGAUAUCAAGCUUCAGGCUAAAAGUGCCAUCUCCUGAACUCGAGAGAUCUUUAAAAAUCAAGGAAAGGCUCGAGGCUUCUCUGACUCUGAAAAGGCUUCUUCUGACAUUAGUGCUUGCUGGUACUGCUAUGGUGAUAGCUGAUGGGGUUGUUACACCAGCUAUGUCAGUAGUGUCAGCUGUUAGUGGUCUAAAGGUUGGAGUAGAUGCAAUUAAGCAAGAUCAAGUGGUGAUGAUUUCAGUUGCGUUUCUUGUAAUUUUAUUCAGUGUACAGAAAUUCGGGACAAGUAAAGUUGGACUGGCUGUAGGCCCUGCCUUAUUCAUAUGGUUUUGUUCCCUUGGGGCCAUUGGGAUUUACAACCUUGUUAAAUAUGACAGCAGUGUGUUGAAGGCAUUCAAUCCUGUUCACAUCUAUUACUUCUUCAAAAGGAACUCGACUAAGGGUUGGUAUUCUCUUGGGGGUUGUCUUCUGUGCGCUACAGGUUCUGAGGCAAUGUUUGCGGAUCUUUGCUACUUUUCUGUUCGAUCAGUCCAGCUUACAUUUGUGCUUCUUGUUUUGCCAUGCCUUAUGUUGGGUUAUUUGGGUCAAGCUGCAUACCUUAUGGAGAACCCAGCUGCAGCUGAGCAAGCUUUCUUUUCUUCAAUUCCAAGUGGUGUUUUCUGGCCUGUGUUCUUCAUUGCUAACAUUGCUGCAUUGAUUGCUAGUCGUGCAAUGACGACGGCCACAUUUUCAUGCAUAAAACAAUCAAUGGCACUUGGUUGUUUCCCUCGCCUUAAAAUCAUACAUACCUCCCGGAAAUUCAUGGGGCAAAUUUAUAUCCCUGUCGUGAAUUGGUUUUUGCUGGUGGUUUGCCUGGUGUCUAUCUGCACUAUUUCAAGCAUUGAUGAGAUUGGAAAUGCAUAUGGCAUUGCUGAGCUAGGAGUGAUGAUGAUGACGACCAUUUUAGUAACAAUAGUUAUGCUUCUUAUAUGGCAGAUAAACAUUAUCAUCGUGCUGAGUUUCAUAGUAAUUUUCCUGGGGUUGGAAUUGACCUUUUUCUCGUCAGUUUUGUGGAGUGUGGGAGAUGGAAGUUGGAUAAUUUUGGUCUUUGCCAUAAUUAUGUUUUUUAUAAUGUUUAUCUGGAACUAUGGAAGCAAGCUUAAGUACGAAACUGAAGUCAAGCAAAAGCUGUCAAUGGAUUUGAUGCGGGAAUUGGGUUGCAAUCUUGGGACAAUCAGAGCACCGGGAAUUGGCUUGCUUUAUAAUGAGUUGGUGAAGGGAAUACCAGCAAUUUUUGGCCAUUUUCUAACCACACUUCCGGCAAUCCACUCGAUGAUCAUAUUUGUAUGUAUAAAGUAUGUUCCAGUUCCUGUAGUGCCUCAAAGUGAAAGGUUUCUUUUCCGGCGUGUCUGCCCAAAAAACUACCACAUAUUUCGUUGCAUUGCCAGGUAUGGCUACAAGGAUGUUCGUAAAGAAAGUCACCAGACGUUUGAACAGCUACUAAUUGAGAGCCUUGAGAAAUUCAUUCGUCGGGAAGCUCAGGAGCGGUCACUAGAGAGUGAUGGGGAUGAUGGUGAUACAGACUCUGAGGACAUGACUUCGUGCUCAAGAGUUCUCAUAGCUCCCAAUGGAAGUGUCUACUCACUUGGUGUUCCUCUCCUGGCAGAGUACAAGGAGUCAAGCGAGCCUAUAUCAGAAGCAAGCACAUCAGAGGAGGUGAAGCCAGCGCCUCCUGCAGACCAGACAGCUUAUGAUGCUGAGCAGAGUAUUGAGAGGGAACUAUCUUUUAUACGCAAGGCCAAAGAAUCGGGGGUUGUCUAUCUUCUCGGUCACGGGGAUAUUAGGGCCAGGAAAGAUUCCUGGUUUAUUAAGAAGUUAAUCAUCAAUUACUUCUACGCCUUCUUGAGAAAAAAUUGCAGGAGGGGGAUUGCCAAUUUGAGCGUGCCCCAUUCGCAUCUAAUGCAGGUUGGGAUGACAUAUAUGGUUUGAAGGACGAUUUUGCUACGAAAAUAAGGCAAAUCUGAACUUUUACACCAGAGUCGAGACACGAACGCAGCUGGUGUUAUGGAAGAUUGAUGUGGCACACGACUUGUUGCUGCAAUUUAAACCAUGAGCUUCUGGAAUUUCGUUGCCCUCCUCGCUAUUUGAUUGUUGGCCAUUUUGGUCCUCCAAUCCUUGAGGAUGUCACAUCUCUGAAGUUUUGUUCUCCUUGGCUUGUCUUCCAUGCAUCGAUUUUUGCAGUUAUGCAUUUGGAAAGUGUACUGUAAUUACGA